CAGAGGUUCCGGGGCCGGGACCGUGUGCGCUUUGCUGGCAAAGGUCGGUGUUUUCCGUGCUUUCUACGACGAUAAAAGCUCCUGGUCUCUGGUUCCCAGAGGAGCGCUCAGGAGCUCUGCGCUGGCACCCAGCACCUGCGACUGGCGCUGCUCGGCUGGGGUGGACAGGGGACUGGUGAAAUGGGGCUUUAUUGCCCAACUCUAGAGCUGGACGGCAGCGCGGCCACGAGAUGCCUCCGCAGGAUUUGAAGCUGCUCGUUGAUGUCUUGCAGCUCUCCAUGUCUUCAGAGGACAGAGAAGCUCAGGAGGACGAGCUGCUGGCUUUGGCCAGCAUUUACGAUGAGGACGUGUUCAAGAGAUCCGAGUCUGCCCAGGGGGGAGAAACAAGGAUUUUUCUGGAGCUGCCCCAAGACUUCAUCGUUUCUGUGAAUGGCAAUUCCGCAGAGACCCUCCAGAGCCCCCGCAGCGAAUACACCGUCAGCUUUCUGCCUCCCCUUGUGCUGAAUUUUGAGCUCCCACCUGACUACCCGUCGACCUCCCCACCCGUGUUCACGCUCCGUGGAAAAUGGCUCUCCCAAGCCCAGCUCAGCACUCUUUGCAGGCACUUGGACAACAUAUGGGAAGAGAACCGAGGCUCCGUGGUCUUGUUUGCCUGGAUGCAGUUUCUGAAGGAAGAAACGCUGAGUUAUCUGCAGAUUUCCUCCCCGUAUGAGCUCAAGAUGUGCCAUGGAGGGAGCGGGCAGAGUGGGCCGCCGCCGGUCCCUCCCGACGCUGAGCAGCGCGGGGAUGCAGCGUGCGCAGCCGCGGCUGGGGCAGAAAUCCUCGAUGCCAGAGCCGUGCAGGACGUGGAGUCGCUGUCCAGUCUGAUCAGGGAAAUCCUGGACUCGGAUCAGGCUCAGAGGAGGAAAUGCUUUGACAGCAAGAUGUUCUUGUGCAAUAUCUGCUUCUGCGAGAAGCUGGGCAGCGAGUGUAUGUACUUCAUGGAGUGCAGCCACGUGUACUGCAGAGCGUGCCUGAAGGACUACUUCGAAAUCCAGAUCAGGGACGGGCAGGUCCAGUGUCUCAACUGCCCCGACUCGGAGUGUUCGUCGGUUGCCACUCCCGGCCAGGUGAAGGAGCUGGUUGGAGAGCAGCUGUUUGCGCGGUACGACCGCCUGCUGCUGCAGUCCACCCUGGACACGAUGGCAGACGUGGUGUAUUGCCCCCGCCGCGGCUGCCAGACCCCGGUCAUGAAGGAUCCCGAGAGCAUCAUUGGCAUCUGUUCCUGCUGCAACUACGCCUUCUGUACGUUCUGUCGAAUGACGUACCACGGGGUCUCUCCGUGUCGACUCACGGCAGAGAAAUUAUUAUCUUUGCGAAAAGACUAUUUAGAAGGAGACCGAGAAACUAAAAGAUUCUUGGAACAACGUUAUGGGAAACGAGUGAUUCAGAAAAUCCUGGAGGAGAUGGACAGUAAAGAAUGGCUGGAAAGCAACUCCAAGCCCUGUCCUGGCUGUUCUGCCCCCAUAGAGAAAAUGGAUGGUUGUAACAAGAUGACGUGUACAAGCUGCAUGCUGCAUUUCUGCUGGAUUUGUAUGGGUCGUCUGCCAAACAAAGAUCCCUACGCACACUACAAUGACCCAGCUUCCCCCUGCUUCAACGGGUUGUUUCACAUGAUGCUUGUUGAUGGUGAGCCCUUGGAACCUGGAGAUUGAAACCCAGUGGCCUUCUUGAGCAGGAAAAGCCGAACAAACGCGAGACAGAUGCUUUCCAUUUUGGUCACGUUUGUUCUCUUUUCUCUCCGGUACGUGGCACAGGAACGGUAACUGCCGUGCGCUGCAGCAUCCGCGCGCUUCAGAGGCUGUUGCCAAAACCAAAGCAGCCGUUUUACCCGUCCUGCGGUCAGGAUCACCGUGGGAGCCCCUGCCAGUCAUAUCGAGUGUUAAAGACAAAUACAGCCAGUCAGAAGUGGAAAAGUACAGAAAAAAUGUAUGAUGAGGAAGUGCCCCUUUUUCAAAAGCAAACGAGCAAAACCAAAUCCCAAGUCACUGAAAUGCUGGGGAGUUUCCUUCAAGGAGACAGACCUUUCGAGUAUCCUGCACCUUUUGCUUCUCUGGCCUUUCCUGAGCUGUUCUCUGAAAAGCAGCUCGUUGCUCUGUCGCUGAUGCUUCCCAACGGUGGGGAAGCUGAUCCUCCCCGCCCCUGCCCGCUGGCUGUGCCGCCGGGCUCUGUGUGUCGCCCAGAGCUUUGGCAGGAGCGCCCAAACACGUUCCAGACAUUGGAGCAGUUUGACUUAUCUCUGUGUUGCUCUUGUAUUAACUUACGGUGCUGCUCCUUAUCCCGCCAGCGGUGAGCGCCGAGGGGAUGCGCCGCAUAUGUGGCCAGGCAGAGGAUGGAAGUAUCUGUCAGAUUCUUCAUCAGAAAUUUGAGUCAAUCGUUUUCCUUCUUGAGUGGAUCCCUUAUUUCCACUGUUCUUGCACUUCAAAUUAUUUCAGAAACCAAAUUGUUUCCCCUAAGAUCUCUGUUUUUUCAGCAUAAAAGUAAUUCCUGGAGGGAAGCACUAUUUUUAAAAAGUGUUUGCACUUGCAGAAUGGUCUAAAAAAUUGUUUUGAAAAUAACAGCUGUGUGUGCUGUGUUCAAAACAACUCGCAGGGUCCAGACGGAUAGCUGGGAACUGGAAAUCUUCAGCCGCUCCAGGUGAACACCUCUCGCUCAGUGUUGACUGCUUGUAAAUACAUUUAUACUCAGAUAUGUGGGCAAAAUGAGUGCUGAUUUAGCUCCUCUCACGGAGGAUGAAAGUCUGUACUGUUGGGAUUGGCUGUGAUUAAAAAGAUGAGAGGUGUGGGACAGUGUGUAGGGAAAGGUUCCGUUGCGUGUGGUUUGAAUUGUAUUUCCUGCACCUUUCACAUGCACUAAAUUCACUUUAAGGCGGUCA